AUCACAUCUGCUCAACAGUAAUUGGUCAUCAUGCCCGAUCCAGGUGUUGGUUUUGAGUAUCCUCGCACCGAGGUGUCGUGGUUGAAGAGAGAUGUAUUGCUCUUCGCCGUCAGCAUUGGUGCCGAUGCAAAGGACGAACUACACUUUAUCUAUGAAUUGCACCCCAAGUUCGCUGUUUUCCCAACCUACUCGAUCAUCCUCCCCUUCAAGAAGACCACCCAAGAGGUGAUUGACUUUUACGCCGCACAAGAGUCGAACCCCAUUCCAGGAGUGCCCAAGCUAGAUUCUCGCCGAGUCCUCGAUGGCCAACGCAGGAUCGAAUUCCUCAAGCCUCUCCCCACCAGCUCGGAAGGACGCAAGUUCGAGCUCCGGUCCAAGGUGCUAGGUGUUUAUGACAAGGGCAAGCCAGGAACGGUCGUGGAGACAGAGCAACUUCUGGUCGAUAAAGAGACAGACGAGGUCUACACACGUGCUGUGGGCAGUGGAUUCUUUGUCGGACAGGGAGGUUGGGGAGGACCCAAGGGACCUGCGACCGUCAACUUCCCCCCACCAAAGGGCCGGGAGAGCAGCCCUGAUAAGGUGUACGAGGUCCAAUUGACACCCGACAGUGCCCAUCUGUACCGACUCAACGGCGACUACAACCCACUCCAUGCCACUCCCGAGCCCGGUCAGAAGAUGGGCUUCGGAGGAGCCAUCAUGCACGGUCUGUUCAGCUGGAACGCAUCUGCUCAUGCACUCUUGAAGGUAUUUGGAGGCAGCGACCCAGCCAACAUCAAAGACUUCCAAGCUCGAUUUGCCGCGCCAGUCAAGCCAGGCGUCAAGAUUGUCAUCAAGAUGUGGAGGACUGGAGAGGUCGACAAGGAAGGAUUCGAAGAAAUCAGAUUCGUCACCGAGGUGGAAGGCAAGGUUGUCUUGAGCAACGGUCGCGCUGCAAUCAAGGUGGUCGGCUCAAAGAGCAACCUGUAGACCUUGUCACGAUAUGAGCAAACCCAUCCAUGUUGCAAAGUAGCUUGUCUAGUCAAGGUAGACUGUACAGUCUGGACAAGUAAACUCUGACAAAGAUGUACGAUUGUCGCCACAUGAUAAAGAAUCAAUAUUGGUCUGCUCGACAAUAU